UAAAGAAGCCAGUUUUAUAGCUAAAAGAAGCUUUGACUAAAUUAACCAGUGUUUUUCUAAGCAUCACACGGUCUAGGCUGCUACCAAAAAUGACGGAAACCACUCGAAAAUUGAUGAAUUUCUUGAUAACUGGAAUUAUUCUGAUUUGUUUUGUACUUGUUGAAGGUCAGGAGCCGUACGCUUCUCCCAAACUGGGCCAGUUGGUGCCCACAAUAAGACAACAAAAUUAUGAAUUAAGACCUGAAGAUGACAAUUACUAUCUGCGCCUAACGUCACCUGAAGGUGGAACUCGUGAGGAACACGUCGAGUUGCUUACUGACGAGAACGGCAAGAAAGUGCUCACUGUCAAAGGAUCAUUGAACUUAGUCUACAGAGAUACACCACUCGAAGUGACUGUUAUAUAUGAGGCCGAUGGAAAUGGUUACAGGGCGAAAUAUAUGUACGUUCCAGUACAUACCCAAGGAAUACCUUUAAUAGCAGCCAGCUUAAAUCUCUUGAAAUCCGCAGUUGGUUAAAACGAGAAAUAUGUAGUGAAGUGAAUAGUAAUAUAUGUACAGGGUGCUUUCCAAAGUGAGCAGGGGCUUUUAAAGAAGGCUACUCUGAAUUUUACGACAUUUCAACGAAUGAAGUGGAGUUAUUGCGUCUGAGGUGAUGGUAUUUUUGUGUCAUACGCUCAAAAAUUUAUUACCGAGCGCCCAAUUAAUGUUAAGUUUCACCUUCAACUUGAUAGAUCACUUACCUUAACAUUGCAAUUGUGGAACCAAGUGAUGAUUAUUUCCUUAAAAGUCUUUCGUAGACGCAUGUGCUUGAGAGAUAAAGUUUGAACUUCUCCACCUACUUGCAUCGGCCUUGAUGCUAACUUGUAAAAGGAAACACGCACGUGGCUCUUUCGCACAGCAAUUGGGAUUUAAGUGGGGUUUUUUAUUGCAGAAGUACACUGGAGAUUUGUCAUAGUGCUAUUAGUCAGAGGAGUCAGGAUUUACUGUCGAAAUGUUACGUUCAUGCCCAUUUGGCAACUACGGGCGCUAAUGAGUUGUGCACACAUUUUAGAAAGAAUCGUGCAAACUUAAAUGCCAAGCAACAUAUUGAACAGCAUAAAUUCGUACUCUAUAACACUAAGCGAGAAUUCAUCAAAUAUCAUAUCAUUUGUUGGUGGCUCUUUCGCAAAAGCCAAUUGUUGCCCAAAGAUGCUUAGGGUUCUACGUUCGAAAGACAUGAUCAAGAAUUCUUAAAAUGAAAAGGAAAAAUACCUUCUGUUACAGCAUUGAAAGAUG